CUAGAUUCUCUCCAGCACAGAAACAUUCCCUCCAGCACCGAGCACACUGAUCAGCACCAUGGACAGCGGUUUUCUCAAACUGGAUGCUGGAGAAUUCCUUGAAAUUUGGCUACGUUUCGACUCUGAUGACAAUGGUUACAUUGAGGGGAAAGAGCUUGAUGAUUUCUUUUGCCACCUACUUAAAAAAUUGGGAGCAAAUGCAAUCACAACAGAGAAAGUUCAAAGGGUAAAGGAUCGAUUUAUGUCUGCAUAUGAUGUUACCUCUGAUGGACGUCUGCAAAUACAAGAGCUUGCAAACAUGAUCCUACCAGAAGAUGAGAACUUUCUGUUGCUUUUUCGAAGGGAAACCCCAUUGGAUAAUAGCGUGGAGUUCAUGCGGAUAUGGCGAAAGUAUGACGAGGACAGCAGUGGGUUCAUUUCUGCUGUUGAGCUCAGGAACUUUUUACAAGACCUCUUCUUACAACACAAAAAACAAAUAACUGGUGAUAAAUUGGAUGAAUAUACAGAUACUAUGAUGAAACUUUUUGACAAGAAUAAAGAUGGCCGUCUGGAUCUUAAUGACUUGGCAAAGAUCUUGGCUUUGCAAGAAAAUUUCCUUCUUCAGUUUAAAAUGGAUGCGAGCAGUCAAGAUGAAAGAAAGAGAGAUUUUGAAACAAUAUUUGCACACUAUGAUGUUAGUAAAACAGGAGAUCUGGAAGGCCCUGAAGUGGAUGGAUUUGUCAAGGAUAUGAUGGAACUUGUGAAGCCAAGCAUCAGUGGUGUCGACCUCGAUAAGUUCCGUAAGAUUCUCCUGAACCACUGUGAUGUCAACAGAGAUGGCAAGAUCCAGAAAUCUGAACUGGCAUUAUGCCUUGGUCUAAAAGUACACCCAUGAUGUGCUACUAGCUUUGCCUUUCUAUCCUUAUUUUUUCUUAAAAGUUGUCCUAACCCGCUGGUUUAACACUACGUUCUUGUUACAAUUGUGUCCAGUGAUGGUUGUGGAGGUUGUAAUUGGCAUCUACCAAUAUAAUAAUGUGCAUGAACAAUGCAGGAAAAACACUGAAAUUCAUGACAGGCAUUUGACAAAUUAAAAUAUGUUUCGAUACCUAGAUAUUUCAUAUGAAAUUAUGUUUCUUUUCUAGUAAACAAAAGGGCAUUUGUAGCAUAGAUAUUUGUUUUUUUCUUAAUUAAAAUUUAUGGAAGAUAGAAAUAAUGACUUGUUAUUGAUG